AUGAACCGUUUAAACAUCGAUAUACUGGGCGUUAGCGAAACAUGGUUGCCAGACUCAGGCGAAUUACUGUCAGAAGGAACCAAAAUUUACUACUCCGCCAACAAUACAAGUAAUCAUAGAAAAGGUGUUGUUUAUGCGCCCACAGCAGACAAAUCUGAAGACGAAGUUGAUAGCUUUUACAGUGAGAUCGCAGAAUUGUUAAAACUUACUAAACCACAUGAAAUAAAUUUAAUAAUAGGCGACUUUAAUUCAAAAGUUGGACUUGGAAAAGUUGAAAAUAUUGUUGGCCCAUCUGGUUUGGGAGUCAGAAACGAAAGAGGAGACCGGCUCAUACAAUUUUGCCAAGAGGAAUCGUUGAAAAUUACAAAUACGUUUGGCACAUCAAUAACCAAAGUAACAACAUAUCCGGGUGCCGACGUGCCGAGCAAUCACAAUCUACUUGUUGCGAAACUAAAAAUUAAAUUGACGCAAAAACGACAACAUUCGCGUCAUAAACAACUAGAUUUAGAAAAACUAAAUAAUGAUAAUGUUAAAAAUCAAUCUAUUAUCGCAAUCAAUACUGAUUUAAAAAUGUUAAACUUAAAUAAUACCAAUGUUGAUGAAUUAUGGAACCAAACAAAAAAUGUUCUAAAAACAACAGCAAACAGAGUAUUAGGCACAAAACGAUUCACUCUUAAGCAGCAGUGGGUGACCGAAGAGAUAUUUCAGUUAAUGGAGGAACGAAGAAAACAUCGACAUAAAAAUGAAAAUGAAUAUAAAAGAAUUCAUCGAAUUAUAAGAUCAAAAAUAAGAGAAGCAAAAAAUAAUUGGUUGAAGAAGGAAUGCGAAGAAAUUGAGCACUUUCAACAUGUUCAUGAUCAUUUCAAAUUACACAAAAAAAUUAAAGAAAUGUCAGGUGUUUAUCGAAAGUCUAAGUCUUCAGCACUGAUGAACGAACAAAAUCAAAUAAUAAGUGAUCCUAUACAAGUACAAAAAACAUGGAGAAACUAUAUUGAAAAAUUAUUUUCGGACACAACAAGACCAAUUGAACUUUUUGUUGUACCAUCUGAAACCAGGAAAUUAACCGGUCCUUCAAUAAAAAAGAGGAGAUUCAAAACGCUGUAA